CCUUUUUGUGUUCAUCAUCAUCCACUAUAAACAGUUAUAUGAAAAAAUAGCUGUUUUUCUCAUCUUCUCCAACAUGUUCCAUAGUUUCUCUUUUUUUAUCGGGAAAUUGUUUUGAUCUUUACUAGAAUCUGAAUAGAGUUCUGAGGUCCCCGCCGUGAUCCGGCUGUGUUUGCAGAAAUUCCCCACAGAAACAAACGACGUGAUGAUGGCGGUGAUCUCGUCCUGCGAAGAUGGGAACAGGAUGGCAAUGGAUAACGGGAAAUACGUACGGUACACGCCCGAGCAAGUCGAAGUUUUAGAGCGUCUCUACUACGAGUGUCCUAAGCCUAGCUCGGUUCGCCGCCAACAGCUCAUUCGCGAGUACCCGAUCCUCUCAAACAUCGACCCGAAGCAGAUCAAAGUUUGGUUCCAAAAUCGCAGAUGUAGGGAAAAACAAAGGAAAGAGGCAUCCCGGUUACAAGCCGUGAACAGGAAGUUGUCCGCCAUGAAUAAGCUGUUAAUGGAGGAGAAUGAUAGGUUACAAAAGCAAGUUUCACAGCUUGUUCAUGAAAAAAGCUACUUCCGGCAACAGACUCGAAAUGGGGCAUUAGCCAUCACAGAUACGAGUUGUGACUCAGUGGUGACGAGUGGUCAUCAUCAGCAACGCCAUUUGAGUACUCCUCAGCAUCCUCCAAGGGAUGCAAGCCCUGCAGGACUUUUGUCCAUUGCAGAUGAAACUUUAACAGAAUUUCUUUCAAAGGCCACUGGAACCGCUGUGGAGUGGGUCCAAAUGCCUGGUUUGAAGCCUGGUCCGGAUUCCAUUGGAAUCGUUGCUAUUUCUCAUGGUUGCACCGGAGUGGCAGCACGUGCAUGCGGACUUGUGGGACUCGAUCCCACUAGGGUCUCUGAAAUCCUUAAAGACCGGCCUUCGUGGUUCCGUGAUUGCCGGGUCGUGGAUGUUAUGAACGUGUUGUCCACCGGAACCGGUGGAACCAUUGAACUGCUUUAUAUGCAGCUCUAUGCGCCAACAACAUUGGCCCCAGCUCGAGACUUCUGGCUGCUGCGCUACACAUCUGUUUUGGAGGACGGUGGUCUUGUGGUAUGUGAAAGAUCACUUAACAAUACUCGGAACGGUCCGGACAUGCCUCCGGCUGCAAAUUUUGUGAGAGCAGAAAUGCUGCCUAGUGGUUACCUAAUUCGACCUUGUGAAGGCGGUGGAUCAAUAAUUCACAUAGUUGAUCACAUGGAUUUGGAGCCUUGGAGAGUUCCUGAAGUGCUGCGUCCCCUUUACGAGUCCUCGGCAUUGCUUGCUCAGAAGACAACAAUGGCGGCUUUGCGUCAUUUAAGGCAGAUUUCUCAAGAAAUAUCUCAGCCGGAUGCUACUGGUUGGGGAAGACGACCUGCUGCUCUACGUGCUCUUAGCCAGAAAUUGAGCAAGGGCUUUAAUGAGGCUGUUAAUGGGUUUCCUGAUGAAGGAUGGUCUAUGUUAGAAAGUGAUGGUGCCGAUGAUAUUACCCUGCUGAUGAACUCAUCUCCCGGCAAGAUGAUGGCCAUGAAUCUUUCUUACAGUAACGGCUUUCUCUCAAUCGGCAAUGCGGUUCUUUGUGCCAAAGCAUCAAUGUUGUUGCAGAAUGUACCUCCAGCUAUACUCCUCCGAUUCUUGCGAGAACAUCGAUCGGAGUGGGCGGACAGUGGCAUCGAUGCUUACUCUGCUGCUGCCGUCAAAGCUGGUCCUUGUAGCUUACGGAUGUCUCGAGGUGGAAGUUUCGGGGGUCAAGUCAUUCUUCCAUUGACUCACACGAUCGAGAACGAAGAGUUCAUGGAGGUCAUUAAGCUGGAAAAUUUCGGCCACUAUCAAGAUGACAUGGUCAUGUCCGGCGAUAUCUUCCUCUUGCAGGAUGCAUCCAGUCCUAGCCGUACACUCGAUCUCGCCUCCAAUCUUGAAGUAGGGACUGCGGGAAGUAGAGCAACCGGCGAUCGAACUAGUCGUUGUACAAAAUCUGUGAUGACAAUAGCAUUCCAAUUUGUGUAUGAGAUCCACCUUCAAGAAAAUGUAGCUAACAUGGCUAGACAGUAUAUCCGUAGUAUCAUUGCCUCGGUUCAAAGGGUGGCAUUGGCACUCUCCCCCUCCGAGUUCGGCUCGCAUGCCGAGUUUCGGACACCACCCGGUAUUCCUGAAGCACAGACACUAGCUCGUUGGAUUUGCCAAAGCCAUAGGUGUUUUCUGGGGAUGGAACUGCUCAAACAUGAAGGACAAUCCAUUCUGAAAAAUCUUUGGCAUCACUCAGAUGCAAUUCUAUGCUGCUCUUUGAAGGCACAGCCAUUUUUUAUAUUUGCCAAUCAAGCUGGACUUGACAUGCUUGAAACAACCUUGUUAGCCCUUCAGGAUAUAAGCUUGGAAAAAACAUUUGAUGAAGAUGGAAGAAGAGCCCUAUUUGCAGAGCUCCCACAAGUCAUUCAGCAGGGCUUUAUGUGGCUUCAAGGUGGUGGGAUGUGUUUAUCAAGCGUGGGGAGGCCAAUCUCUUAUGAAAGAGGAGUGGCAUGGAAAGUGGUAAAUGAUGAAGAAAUUGCUUACUGUAUCUGCUUCAUGAUCUCCAAUUGGUCGUUUGUAUGAAAAUUUCCAACAAAAUCAUAGGAUCUACAUACCAAACUGUUUUUUG